ACACCUCCCCAAAUUCACCACACAACCACCAAAUUUAUUAACCCAUUUCGUCUCCUUCCGACGCAUCGCACUCACAAAUAAUCUUCGUCAAACCACACACAACCCCACCCGCCGCGUCACCACUUCUCUCUCUCUCUCUCUCUCUCUCUCUCUCUCAACAAUGGCGACAGGGAUGCUGAAAAGAGCUAUCUACAGGUUCUCAACUACUUCCCCAGCAUCGAGGCUAACCCUCCUCCGAGCUCACGCAUCCGAAGCCCAAGCCCAGCAAGUUGAACCCAAAGCCCGUGAUACCACCUCCCUGAAAAAAUUCCAAAUCUACCGAUGGAACCCGGACAGCCCCACAAAGCCAGAGCUAAAGGAAUACGAGAUCAACCUAAAGGAGUGUGGGCCCAUGGUCCUCGAUGCUCUAAUCAAGAUCAAGAACGACAUCGAUCCAAGCCUAACGUUUCGUCGCUCUUGCCGCGAAGGAAUCUGCGGUUCAUGCGCGAUGAACAUCGACGGCUGUAACGGACUCGCUUGUUUGACGAAAAUACCAUCGGAGGGUUCGGAUACAACGAUAACUCCACUUCCUCAUAUGUUUGUGAUAAAGGAUCUUGUGGUUGAUAUGACGAAUUUUUAUAAUCAGUAUAAGAGUAUUGAGCCGUGGUUGAAGAGGAAGAAUCCACCUUCCGAACCUGGGAAGGAGAUUCUUCAGAGUAAGAAGGAUCGUGCUAAGCUUGAUGGGAUGUAUGAGUGUAUACUGUGUGCUUGCUGCAGCACAUCAUGCCCUAGUUAUUGGUGGAAUCCUGAGUCUUAUCUUGGUCCCGCUGCUUUGCUUCAUGCUAACAGGUGGAUAAGUGACAGCCGUGACGAGUACACUAAGGAGAGAUUGGAAGCUGUAAAUGAUGAAUUCAAGCUCUACCGCUGCCACACCAUAUUGAACUGUGCCCGUGCCUGUCCAAAGGGGUUGAACCCUGGAAAGCAAAUUGCACAUAUCAAGUCGCUUCAGCCAAAAGCUUAAAAUUCGAUCAUUAGAAGUGUUGUGUUUCUUUUUUAUCAUUUACAAACAUUCUUGUACUUCAAACGUGGGGACUUUUUAGCUAUAUUCAUAAUAAAACCUCAGGCCCCUGAUGUAAACUUGGCUUUAAAUUUUAUAUGGUCUUUUUGUUUUUGAAAUAAAUGUUGAUAUCCAACAGAGUUCAUCUCAUAAAUUAUGGUUUUCAAAAUGUAUCCAACUUGAAAUUGGAAAACAUGCUUGCUUCGGCAAAUGACAGUUUCAAUGUUGAAACAACAAUGCAACUUGGAAAAUACUUGUAUAGUCACAAUACAUUUAGGAUUGAAGGAAGUUGGAAUCUACAUAAUCAUGCAACUUAACCCUGCA